ACAGAGAUCCCGUACAUUCAUAGAUCACGUGCCGGUCAUGUGUAUGUCUGUACCUUGAUAACAUCGUCUACAAAAGGGCACGAAAUAGUGAAGCAGCUAUACAUUAUAAAAAUCUACAAUACACACACACAUAUAUACAUACACUGUGUAUAUACAUCUCUGUCCAUCAAUUCUAGAAUAAUCUAACCCGAAGAAUAACAAAUCACAGAGUCACGCACCCACACACACUCAAUCAGAGCCGAUAAGAGACACCUGUUCAUGAUCAAACCGAUUUUCCGGUCACCGGAGAUGAUUUCAGAACUAAGUUAAUGACGGUGGCAUCAAUUACGCGCAUGGAUAGUUUAAACAGCGACGUCUUUUAUGACAUUUUGAGACGUGUUGAUGGUGCAACACUAGCUAGUGCGGCGUGUGCUUGUGCAGCAUUUAAAGCCAUCUCAAACGAAGAAAAAUUGUGGGAAGAUGUUUGCUAUUCAAUGUGGCCUUCAACAAAACGGGACGAUGUAAAAACCUUAAUAUCUUCAACGGGAGGGUUUAAAAAAUUUUACGCAGAUUGUUUCCCUCUUAUCGUAAAUAAAACUGUUCCAGAGUUCGGUUGGGGAGAUUAUUCCGAGUAUCCAGAAGAAUGGACCGAAGCUGAAUAUUAUGGUGAUUAUGAUGAGUUAGAAAGCGUUUCGCCAUCUGAUUUUGUGUCGAUUGUGGAUAUAAAAUAUAAAGAGAAAACUAUAUGUUCAAAGGUUCUUUGGGGUAUACCGAAUGCAAGUGUUCAAAACGGUUGGUUUUCUGAUUGUCCUUUUAGAGUUGACCUUUUCAGUUAUGCUUCUAGAGAUGAGGAUCAUCCAGGUGAAGUUACUCUUUCUGUUUCUGAUGGUCUGCCACCAGUUACCUCAUUAGAACGAGAAAGAAAAGACGGUAAGCUCUGGCAAGAGCUUCAUAACGGGAUCAGGGUGAGCUGGAUAAUGGUCAACUUAAAAGUCAAACAGGCUGCAAAUUUGUCCAGUUGGUAUGCAGUUGACGGUCAAAGACACUGGCCCACAAGUGAAGAUUACAUGUUACAUUUCGGAUCCGUUGUUCCCGUCAAAGACAUUAGUCCUUCUCAUGUAGUCAAAUGCAUCAUCACUCUGAGGUUUCAGGUGACCGAUAUCGAGGGCAGUGGGACCCACACGACCCUCAACUUGACCGAGAUUUGUAUGAAACUAGGAAACAUGGAAGGUGGGCAUGUUAAUGGGAGAAACAGUCUGUUUGUGCUUAAAGAAGCUUUGAGCUGUGAUAGGAGUAAGGACUACGGUUUGGUUCUCGAGUCGUGUAGAUUGUACUCAAAAGUACAGAGUGAGAUUAUAGAAGAGAAGAUACGAUACGAGAACAGGCUGGAAAGAUUGUAUGUUGUAGGUGGUAUCACGGCUUUUGUGUUGUUAUGUUGCUAUUUUCUGUAAAAGUUUUCAAGAGUAUAUAACUUACUAUAUAUGUGUUUUGUUAAUGGUCA